GUUUGAAACUGUUGAUCUUACUUCAAGGCUGCUUGUACCGAUAAUUGUCUUGCAAAAUCAUAAUCGAUACAACAUUAUGGAAAAGGGCCAUAAUUACAGUAUUGAUAUAGAAAGAAUUGAGGCAGAGGUGAAGAGUAUGCUUCAUGAUGGGCAAGAAUUAGUAAUUAUUGGGGGUGCACAUUCAUUACAUCGCCAUGAGAAGCUGGCAAUUGCUGUUUCAAAAGCUACACGUGGACAUUCCCUGCAGGAAACCAAGAAUGAUGGUCGUUUCCUUGUUCAUACCAAGACAUAUCUGGAUGGUGCUAUUUUAAAAGAAGAGAUGGAACGUUCUGCCGAUGUGCUUGCUGCUGGAUUGCUUGAAGUGGCUGACCCAUCUCUUUCAAGUAAAUAUUUCCUCCGCCAGAAUUGGAUGGAUGAAUCUGACGAGUCAACUGAUUCUAUUCUUAAGCAUAAGCCUCUUUGGGCUUCAUAUAACUCAAAAUAUGGCGGGAAAAGGAAAAAGAAAGUAAAGAAACAAGGGGAUCUACAACCAACAUAUGGAACUAGAGUAAUUCCUGUCUUUGUGCUAUCACUGGCGGAUGUGGAUCCAAACCUUAUGAUGGAGGAUGAAAGUAUGGUAUGGACAAGCAAUGAUGUUGUAAUUGUGCUUGAGCAUCAAAAUGAAAAGAUUCCCUUGAGCUACGUUUCAGAAACACAGAGAAGGCAUGCUCUUCCAUCUCAGGCACAACGUCAUAUAUUGGCUGGUCUUGCCUCAGUUGUAGGUGGUUUAAGUGCACCAUAUGAGAAGGCUUCUCAUGUACAUGAAAGACCUGUUGUAAAUUGGCUUUGGGCAGCUGGCUGCCAUCCAUUUGGACCAUUCUCUAAUACUUCUCACAUCAGUCAAAUGCUCCAAGAUGUUGCUUUGAGGAACUCGAUAUAUGCCCGUGUUGACUCUGUACUUCGUAAAAUUCGUGAUACAUCAGAGACUGUGCAAACUUUUGCAGCAGAGUAUCUGAAAACUCCACUUGGUGAACCAGUAAAAGGAAAGAAAGAAAAGUCCAGCACUGAUUUUUGGUUAGAGAAGUUCUACAAGAAAACUACUAAUUUGCCAGAACCCUUUCCACAUGAAUUAGUUGAUCGCUUAGAAAAAUAUCUUGAUGGCCUUGAGGAGCAGCUUGUUGAUAUGUCUUCUCUGUUAUAUGAUCAUCGGCUACAGGAUGCCUACUUAAACAGUUCAGAUAUUCUGCAGAGCACCAUGUUCACCCAACAAUAUGUUGAUCAUGUCUUGGCCAGCGAGAGGGAUAAUAUGAGAUGCUGCAAAAUUGAGUACAAAUAUCCCGUGCACUCGUCUCAAACUUAUAUCUAUGGGGGGAUACUUAUUGCUGGAUUCGUUGUGUACUUUGUUGUAAUUUUCUUCUCAAAUCCGGUACGCUGACUGAAGAUUUUGAAAUCAACAACCAAAAACUACCAAGGCAUAUCACAUUGGGUAGAACUUAUCUUUGCAAUACCAAAAUCAAAUAUCGGAUACGAUUUUGAAUUCAUAGCGAUAAAUGCAGGGCAAAAGACAUUGGCUAGAUUAUAUAUUUUGGUAGGUACUGGCAGGGGCUUCAGCUUUAGUUUCCUGAUAUUCCUGAAGCAGUAAUAGCUGAAGAAAUUUUCGUGUGCAUUAUUCAAUUCGUUGCAAACACCUGUGAUAACUGAAACCCUAAAUUUAAUGAAGAUUCGAAUGAA